GCGUUACCUCCCAAAUAUCCUUCAGACCUGGUGCCGUCCUCUCCGCCACACUAGCUUCUGCUGCGACUUCAGCGAACAUGCCUGCGGAAAGGACCAAGAAAUCGAGGCGCCAUGAAGGAGACGGUGUACAGCUCACCUGGACUACACCGGUCGAGCCAUCCGGCCCUCAGGCUAUCGCUUUCGCGCCCAACCUCACCCCCUGCACCUUCAACGAGCCCCCUCCUCUGGAGGACCCUCCCGAGUCGACCUUAUUCCCGGCUCCUGAUUGCGCCGCCUCUCGUCGUGCAACUCACACGAAGAAGAAGCCCGAUAAUCACAUCCCUCGUCCGCCCAACGCCUUCAUCCUCUUCCGUUCUGCCUUUAUCAAGAGUCAGCACGUCUCUUCCGACGUCGAGACCAACCACAGUACGUUGUCGAAGAUAAUCGGACUGACCUGGCAGAACUUGCCACACGAGGAGAGGCAAGUGUGGCACGCGAAAGCCAAGGCUGCACUGGACGAGCACAAGCGCAAGUGGCCUGAGUAUGCCUUUAGACCGCUGCAUACGAAGGCCAAAGGGCCGACUGAGAAACGGAAAGUAAGGGAGGUGGGUCCGAAGGACAUCAAGCGCUGCGAGAAGAUCGCCGAGCUGCUGGUGCAAGGCAAGAAGGGAGAGGAACUGGAUCGUGCCAUCCGCGAGUUCGAUCAACACCACGUACCUCAGAUCAUCACGCGUUUCGAAGCCCCCCUCACCGCCCGCGCCUACCGACGAUCAUCCUCUGCCCCCGCGCCAGAUACGGACCACUCGAAGCAGUCAGACUUCCUUGUUCCCUCGAGUCCGGACUGCAAGCCCCGGGCGCUGCGCGCCUGCAGCACGCAGCCUACGCGCAACCCCUCGCCGACGCCCGGGUACUACGACAGCGACGCACCUUCGCCGCUGGGAUCCGAUGCAUAUUCGGAGGCCGACACGUAUUACGAUGGCUAUCAACACGCUCCUUCUACAGGCUUCACGUUCACUUCGAGUACCGAGCCUUCGUUUAAUUUCGCCCCAUUCACUUGGACCGAAACCGUCGCCGCACCCGAUCCAUCGUGCGAUCCUCUCGUUGAAGCUCCAGGAUUUGAGAACCUGAUACCGUUCAGCCCGCAACCCUCCCACGUGUUGCCAUGCCCGGCGCAGUACGACCAGGGCUCGUUGACGAUCGACACCAGUUUCGUCAACUCGUGGUCGUCCGUGCCCUCACCUGUCUCGAGUGUCCCCGGCACGCCCCAUUGCUACUCCGCGACGCAGUCGAGUCCCUGCGAGCCAACAUCGCCCGUCGACACGCUAUCGCCCCUUGGCGCCUAUGACUGCACAUCGUACGCUAUACCUUACCCCGUGCACGCUGCUAUGCCGUCGUUCGACAACUUGCAAAUGCAGCAGCAGCAAUAUUACGAUGUCCCUAGCGAGUUCAGUAAUGCGCCUCAAGCCAACGGCGCACCUUACUUCCCGCAUGGGUAUACCCAGCUCCCGAAGGAGCACUAUAUACCCCAGGACCAGAAAUCGGUACUCAUGCGUUCGAACAUGGACAUGUUGGCGUACGCGGUCCCAGCAUAUUGAUUCGCCUCCGGCAACCCAACCUCUGCCACCCACCACCAUCUUAUCCGCCUCUGUAUUUUCCUCCAUACACGCUCGAAGGCGCCUCGACACUCUAGUUCUGGAUGUAUCAUUAUUUCGGAGCAUACUCCGCACUGUAUCAGUUUCUGGCGAUAUUCUCUUCUUCGUCUCUCCCGAUAACUCAUUACUCACAUUAUUUUCGUACCCCACUCCCAUCCCUCGACACCGUAGCUUGUUUAUUUGUAAAUAGUUCGGUAUGUAUUCUGGGUACUGGGCCGG